GUUCGUAUUCCCUAUCCUAUUGUUAUUUUUGUUCUUGAUGUCCAUCUAGUCCACUCGGAGAAUGUUAUUCACGGAGACCUCCAUCCCGUAUGUGUGGCCGUCUCUUUGUGGAUAUUGCACUCAUUCAUAAACCUCAGGCAAAUGUACUCAUAGAUGGUGUGGGGAAUCCACUUCUCACCGAUUUCGGUCUCGCAACAGUUGUAGGAGACCCAGAUUUGCAGUGGGGUAGCACAACCGCAGGCAGCGACUUCAAUCCUCGAUGGCGGGCGCCCGAGGUCAUUGGAAUCAAGGGUGACCCUGAACUACCGACUUUCGAGAGUGAUAUAUAUUCCUUUGGCGGUGUCAUGAUUUUUGUGGUCUCGGGGGACGUGCCAUGGAAACAUAAGGGGGCAUUUCAAAUUGUCGCUGCGCUGGCGGAACGAGCCAACCCUGUCAGUGCACGUCCCCACAACAUUCUAGACAAUCACUGGGUCUUGAUUCAGAAAUGCUGGUCUUGGGACCCAUUGGAUCGCCCGAGGGCUGUGGAAGUGCUUGGAUGUAUUCAUCAGUUUUCAUUCAUCCAUUAGUCCGCCUCACUUACUGAAACCCACUAGCUAUACGUGUGACGGGACUCGCAAUUGAAGAGUGAGUUUUCCUCCACUAUGUGCCCUUCACCUUUUGUCAUACUUUGCAGCAAUACCCUUGGCGACUUCACAUCUCAAAUUUUUGACGCGUUAAAGCUCGGACGCCCGUAUGCAUCUGUAUCCUUCGGCGCAGUUUAUCGGUGCAGCAUCAAAACCGACGAAGGCACUAUGGAGG